AUAUUUUAUAUUUAAUCCGAUAAAAGUUCAUUACGUUAAAUUUAUUUUAAUUUACUUUUAGUGAAAAAAUAUUAAAGAAAAAUUGUCUUUUCUUUUUUGUGAAGAAAUCUCCGAAAUGUAUUUUUAGUCAUUGAAUAUUUUUGGGGAAAAACUCAAAAAAUCUUUCUAGUCACUUGAUUUUUAGUGAAGAAAUCUGUGUGAAUUAUUUUUAGUCAGUUAAUUUUUGGUGAAAAGUCCAAAAAUAUUUUUAGGAGCAACGAAUUUUUUCGUGAAAAACCCAAAAAUUAUUUUAAAUCACUUAAUUUUUGGUGAAAAUUCCCAAAAGGAAUCGAACUAAACUAUAAAGAAUAUAGUUUUCAAAAAAGUAACAAAUUUGAAUUUGAAAAAAAUAGCAAUUUGAAAGUAAUUAUCAUUUUCUUUUGUGCUAAUUUUGUGAUUGAAAUUAAAAAUUACAAAAAUUGUCAGUGAUUUUGAUGGUGUCGCAAAAAUGAUGGAUACGUGGAAGGAGCAAAGGAAAAUGGUCCUUAAUUUUCAACAUGAUUUAGAGGAACAAGAUGAUGGGACAAAAGAAAUGGAGGACGAUAGUAAAGAAUUAAAUUUGGAAAUUUUGGAAUAUUCCUCGGACUCGAGUAAUGAGAGUGAAAAAACAUUUAAAAGUUCGGAGAGUAAUUUAAAAAAAGUUUCGCCAGUUGUGCACAGUGCAUUUUCAAUAGACAGUAUUUUAGGUAAACAUGACAAUAAAAAGAGUGAUGUCUUUUUGGGAAAGGAGAGUAGUUUUCGAAAAAUGGAAAAUAAUUUUGAUGAUAAGGAAGAGCAGAAUGAGCGUCAUCAGUUUUUUAGUUCGGUUACCAUUCCAUCAGCACAUUCCGAUUUUUAUACAACUGGAACCUCUUGUCCCGGAGAAAUUUUAGCCGAAACUUCUGGAUUUUCGGCAUCAUCUUUAGCGUCUGCAUCACUACUUUAUGGUGGUUGGGUCGUACCAUCCAAACCGGGACAAAUGUUUGGACUACAAGCUCCAAAAUCAAGUGGCAGAAGAUCUAGGAAACCGGGAAUUGAUCGUAAACCACGUCAAGCUUACAGUGCAAAACAGUUGGAAAGGCUUGAGGCUGAAUUUAAAGUUGAUAAAUAUUUGAGUGUCAGUAAAAGAAUGGAACUAUCAAAGUGUUUGAACUUGACUGAAGUUCAAAUUAAAACCUGGUUUCAAAAUCGAAGAACAAAAUGGAAGAAACAAUUAACCUCGAGAUUAAAAAUUGCCCAGAGACAAGGUUUAUUUCCGCCACCAAUAUUUCCUCCAACCCAAUAUCCAUUAUUACCAUAUUACGCUUCCCCUCUUAUGUUUACUUCGCAAAAUUCCGAAGAUUCCACAUUGAAAAUUACCAAUUAAUAAAUUCAAUUUACACAAGUAUUAUUGCGCAUCCUAUUUUCAAAA